AUGUUUGGAAUAUGUGCAAGGGCCAAGAAGAGGCUUUUGGACAUUUACAAUAGAGUAUUUGCUGUUCGGAUUAGGGUAGUAGUUAUUGGGCCUGAAAAGAGUGGGAAGUCUACUAUUGUAAACCGAAUGUUCAAGGGCAGACUAAGGUGUGUAAGAAAGCAGAGAGAUGGGUGUAUAUAUAGAUAUGAUGAGGACCAUACAAGUUAUGUGGUGUAUGAUAUGUGUGGAAGAAGGAGUUCUAGAGCAAGAUUGGAUUACCUCUAUAAAAGGUGUGAUGUGGUACUGUAUUGUGUUGAUGCCUCUUCUGCAUCGGGGGAGUGGGCGAGGGCAAGGGAAGAGGUGAAGUCUGUUGUGUAUAGAAAUCCAUGGACUAAAAGAAGCAUGCUGGUUCUUGGAACAAAAAAUGAAAAGAAAGGUGCAUUAGGAUGUAUGGAGAUAGUUCAGAAUCUUGGGCUUCUGGAUAUAAAUGGAAUGGAAAUUUCUUGUUUUUCUGUGUCUGCAGAGAAGAACACCAAUAUAGAGUAUAUAGGGUCGUGGAUAAGGAAGCAGCGCUCUUCUCUAGAGUGGUUGUGGGGAGCAAGGACCAUCCGGAGAUGGUGGAGGCUGGACUCUCCAAAGCAUGAAGCCUGA